GGCUCUGUUUGACACUGCAGCGGCUGGAUCCUCGGCAGUGCCCCACCCGGCUCCGAGGCUCCAGGAACAGCUCGUCCAGCGCUCUCAGCGGCCUACCCCAGAUUCCCCCAGCGCCCAGCGCCCCGCUGUCGCUGGCCUGGGAGCUGCGCCAGCCAACUGGAGCGGCGCUGGGGAUUGGACCUCGGCAUCGGGCGCUGCAAACAUUCGACGAGUGCGGAGAAGCUGCAGCGACCUAGGUUUGGGGAGCUGGGGUUCUGGUUUAGAGCCGAGACAGCUGGUCGGUUCAAUUUCCUUUAUAAGGCACUUUCGCGCUUCUUCGUCUUUUUAUCGGUUGCCCGUCCUUGGAAAGAGAGUUGGUUGAAGCUAAGACAUUCUGCAUCUAUCCUCUCGCACCUCUCUUCCCCUUUCGUGUCCCUACUGUGAUACGUCAUCAGCUUGCAGCAAGCAUGUCGGCCAGAAUCCCCCUUAUCGCUGCGAAUCGCGUCAGCGAGGCGGCGAAGCAGACGAUUGACCUUGUCGCCAAGUUUGUCGAGGAAGAAUGUAUCCCUGCUGACCCCAUCGUCGAGGCCCAAACUGGCCAGGGCGACGCCCGCUGGGAAUGCCACCCAUCCAUCAUCGAGGAACUCAAGGUCAAGGCCCGCAAGCUCGGCCUCUGGAACAUGUUCCUCCCCAAGGGCCACUACAAGGAGUCGCCCGGCUGGACCAACCUCGAGUACGGCCUCAUGGCGGAGUGGCUGGGCCGCUCGGGCGUCGCCUCCGAGGCCUGCAACUGCGCCGCCCCUGACACGGGCAACAUGGAGGUUCUCGCCAAGUACGGCAACGCCGCACAGAAGGAACAGUGGCUCCGCCCCCUGAUGGAGGGCAAGAUCCGCUCGGCCUUCCUCAUGACGGAGCCCCAGGUUGCCUCGUCGGAUGCCACCAACAUCGAGAUGAGCAUCCGCCGCGAGGGCGACGAGUAUGUCCUCAACGGUCAGAAGUGGUGGUCCAGCGGCGCCGGCGACCAGCGGUGCGCCAUCUACAUCGUCAUGGGCAAGACGGCCCCGGACCACAAAGAUCCCUACCAGCAGCAGUCGGUUGUCUUGGUGCCGGCUGGCACUCCCGGCAUCACCAUCGACAGGAUGCUCAAGGUCUACGGCUACGACGAUGCGCCUCACGGUCACGGUCACCUGACAUUUAAGAACGUGCGAGUGCCCGUCUCCAACAUGGUCCUUGGCGAGGGCCGGGGCUUUGAGAUUAUUCAGGGCCGUCUCGGACCUGGCCGAAUUCACCACGCCAUGCGCAGCAUUGGUGCUGCGGAGCGAGCACUUGACUGGAUGCUCUACCGCGUCAACGACGAAGGAAAGAAGCCCUUCGGCAAGCUCCUCCGUGAGCACGGUGUCAUCCUCGAGUGGAUCGCCAAGUCCCGCAUCGAGAUCGAUGCCGCCCGCAUGGUAGUGCUCAACGCAGCCAUCAAGAUGGACGACCUGGGCCCCAAGAAGGCCCUCAAGGAGAUUGCCGAGGCCAAGGUGCUCGUCCCACAGACGGCUCUCAACGUCAUCGACCGCGCAGUGCAAGCCUUCGGCGGCGCAGGCGUCUCGCAGGAUACGCCGCUGGCAUACAUGUGGGCAGGUAUCAGGACGCUGCGACUGGCUGACGGCCCCGACGAGGUGCAUCUGCAGCAGCUGGGUCGCAACGAAAACAAGCGUGGCGCCGAGGCGACGGCGACGAUCAAGCGACAGCGCGAGAAGACGGCGGAGCUGAUGGCACAGUACGGAGUGACGCCCGCGCAGCCGGGAUCGAGGAUAAAGCAUGCGAAGAUAUAGACGGCGAGCCUUGAAUUUGGAAUCUGGAAGCUCGAAUCUAAUCACAACGCAUGAACAUCACGCCCGCGAGAUUGGGCCACGGCCGCGUUGUCUGAGUGAGCAGUGGAGUUUCUGCAGGGUCACAUUGGGUUCGUAGUCAGAUCGCCAUAGUGUAUGAUAUACAAUAGCAUCGUAUAGUAGCAGUGUCGUCCAGUCUCGCAGCCAACGGUGAAGAUGAUUGGGCACGGCUUGCAGAAUGCUGAUACCAGACACGACGCUCGCCCUCUGCCUUAGCUCCGUGAGUCAUUGCUGCUAAUUACCCCAGACAAUGCCGCUCCCGCGCACGCUGCAGCCAGGGGAGGGGUCAUGCCAUUGCCGUGGCGAUGAUGCGUUGUCGUUGUUUAUUAGGUGGUUGCGAAAAUCUCA